AUAAUUUUAAGUGAAUCAUUCGUUUUCUUUAAUAUAUAAUUAUAUAAUAACAACCGACUAAACUAAUACACCAAAGUUAUUAAUCUUAGUUUGCUUAAAUAUAUUUUUAAAUCAUUAUUUUGUCCAUUUCAUUAGUUUGUUGUAAAAGUAUUAUAAAAUAUAUUUCGUUAUAUUCAAAAAAUUGAAAAAAACAAUAAAAUGUCUCACAGAACCUCUUGUUUCCAACUAAAUGAUUUAUUUCCAAGAGAAAUUGACAUAGAAGUAUGCUUAAAGACACUAAAAAUAUUUCAAAAGUUGGAAGGUGAUGUUAAUUGUGUUGUAUGGGAUGCUUCCCUUGUUCUUGCUAAAUACCUUGAAACAAUGUGUCAACAUAAAGCUGACUUUUUGAGUGGUAUAAAGGUAUUAGAAUUAGGAUCUGGAUUGGGAGUUGUUGGGCUUACAGCAGCAACAUUAGGGGCUCAAGUUACACUUACAGACUUACCUGAAGCUCUACCUUUACUUCGUUUGAAUAUAUCAGAAAAUAAACAGAAAAUUGUUAGUAUGGGAGGAUAUGCAAUAGCUGAGUCUUUAGUGUGGGGUGACAAAAAUUCUGAAAUUCAUAAACAAGAAUUUGAUAUGAUUGUUUUAGCUGAUUGUGUUUAUUAUGAAGAUGCAAUCGACCCUCUUAUAGAAACCCUACAAUGCCUAAAUAACACAAUAAAAAAGAAACCAACUAUAUAUUUAACUCAGGAAUUAAGAGAUUCAGAUAUUCAAAAGAAGCUAUGGGAUGUAUUUUAUGAGAAGCUUACUGAAUUUUUCUAUAUUGAAAAAAUACCAGAAGAACAGCAACAUGUUAAUUACAGAAGUUCAGAUAUACUAUUAUUAAAAAUUAUAAAAAAAUGAUACUUAUACAGUUAUGAUUUAUGGUAACCUAUCUGAAUGAGCACAAAAGAUGUACAAAAGAAAAUAUUAGUAUAAAGAUAAAAUCCUAAAUUAAAAAAUACUUUAAAGACUCUUUAUUAAUGUAAAUGUUAUUUGAUUAUUCUCAUAAUUAUAAAUCAUAUAUUUAUCAAUGUUGCUUAGUAACAUAGCAUCAAAAAACUAUACUCAAGGACAAUAAUAAAGUAAAUUACACAUCAAUAUUCAAAAACUGUAAACUUAUGCACCAAACGAUGACCCUGCUAUAUCAAAGGUAGUCAGAAGUGAUUACAAUAUUAUGUGUAGUUUUUCUAAUUAAAAAAUUUUGUAUUAUUUAACCAACACUACUUCAUAAUAACAAAUGUUAUACAUAACAAGAAAAAUUUUAAACAACUUAACAAGUAGUAUUUUUUACUUACUUUACAUAAUUUGAAUAACAUUUUACAAAUACAUAUAAGGAACAUUCCAUUUUGUUUAUAUGAAGUAGAUAUCAAUUGUAUAACGAAAUAAUUAAAAUCAGAUAUUGGACCUAAUAUUUAUUUAAUGGUAACAAUCAUUUUGUAAAUCUUAUACAAUAACUUUAUUAUAGAAUUCAUUCAGCAUGACAUAUUUCGCGAUUUACUGUACCUACUAUACAAAAUAGUCAAUCAAAUUGUGCAUGGUGUAUACCCUGCAGGGUCGUCUUACCCCAUUGUGGAGUCUAAGUGCACUAGGGGCUAGGGAGAAUAUAAAAAAAAGAAUUUUAAUAAUAAUAUUAAAAGAGAGUACUUUUCGGAGCCCAGUGUGCCUUUAUGGUAAAUACGGUACUGGUACCAUAGAAAUUUAAUUUUUCCAUAUAUAGUGGUUCAUUUAAACUAAGUUUGUAAGUAUUGGUCUUUCACGUACGAAUCCCUUUCAUGUUAAAUUAUUGAUAUUUUAAUAAAAUAAAUAGUUUAACAAAUCCAA